GCGGGCGGCGGGGACGCGGGUCGGCUGCACCAUGACGGCCGAGAGCGGGCCGCCGCCGCCACCGCAGCCAGAGGCACUGGCCGCAGUGAAGGAGGAGCGAGGUGAGGUAGGGGCCGGGGUCCCCGCGGAGGCCGGGGGCCGCGGCGCGGGCGGUCGGCGGAGGAAGCGCCCCCUGCAGCGCGGGAAGCCGCCCUACAGCUACAUUGCGCUCAUCGCCAUGGCCAUCGCGCACGCGCCAGAGCGCCGCCUCACGCUAGGCGGCAUCUACAAGUUCAUCACCGAGCGUUUCCCCUUCUACCGCGACAACCCCAAAAAGUGGCAGAACAGCAUCCGCCACAACCUCACACUCAACGACUGCUUCCUCAAGAUCCCACGGGAGGCCGGCCGCCCGGGCAAGGGCAACUACUGGGCGCUCGAUCCCAAUGCCGAGGACAUGUUCGAGAGCGGAAGCUUCCUGCGCCGCCGCAAGCGCUUCAAGCGCUCGGACCUUUCCACUUACCCGGCCUACAUGCACGACGCCGCCGCCGCCGCUGCUGCCGCCGCCGCCGCCGCCGCUGCCGCCAUCUUCCCGGGCACGGUGCCCUCUGCGCGCCCGCCUUACCCGGGCGCCGUCUAUGCAGGCUAUGCUCCGCCGUCGCUCGCCGCGCCGCCCCCGGUCUACUACCCCGCGGCGUCGCCGGGCCCGUGUCGGGUCUUUGGCCUGCUGCCCGAGCGACCGCUCACCCCGGAACUAGGCCCUGCCCCGUCGGGGCCCGCGGGUUCCUGCGCGUUUGCUUCGGCCGGCGUCUCUGCCACUACCACCGGCUACCAGCCCGCCGGAUGCGCGGGGUCCCGACCUGCCAACCCUUCCGCCUAUGCGGCCGCCUACGCGGGCCCCGACGGCGCAUACCCUCAAGGGGCCAGCGGCGCUCUCUUCGCGGCGGCGGGCCGCUUGGCUGGGCCUGCCUCGCCCCCCACGGGUGGCAGCGGCGGCGGUGUGGAGACGGCAGUGGACUUCUAUGGGCGCACAUCGCCAGGCCAGUUCGGAGCCCUGGGGCCUUGCUACAAUCCUGGUGGGCAGCUCGGAGGGGGCACUGCAGGUGCCUACCAUGCUCGCCACGCGGCCGCUUAUCCUGGCGCGGUAGAUCGGUUCGUGUCUGCCAUGUGAGCCGAGCAUAUGGUCGAAAAUUCAUAGAUGCCUCGCCUGUUUACACGAACAAAGUAUCCCUGAUACCUGAUGUCAGGACUGGAGAGAGGACUGACUUGAAAGCCACAUGGAAGGGACCAUGAGCGGGCAGGAGAGGCGCAGCCUCCUGUUUCACCGGGUACACACCCGGUUCGCUUUGUACAUGGGAGGAAAUGGGGUGAGGCUGCUGCGGCCCACGGAUUGGGACAAAGGACCCUCAAUGAGGGGAAGCUCCAAAGAACAUGCCUUUCUGACAUUCUACCUGAGAGGGUCUUAGGCGAUAAAGGAGGUGCAACUUAAUGUCUACACCAAACUCGAGGAUCCGAAUUGUGGGGAAUCACAUGACUUCACUCUUCACGGAACUGCAUGAAACUGGGGCCUUUUUUACACGGUUCAGCCUUCCUGUGCCUUUGACUAAGUUACUACAAUAAAAGGCUCCAAUAGCGCCUUCUUUCUUAAGGUGAGGAAGACAAGUUUGCAAAAGAAGUAGUUUCUUGUUGUUUUCUUUUGUUUUUUAAUUGGAGAAAUUUUCUGCUUCUCUUGACCUGGGGCUGUUUUCCCUGCCUCUGAGAAUGCAGACCGGGCUCUGAGUCUGGACUGCGAAUCAGCUCCGUAGUGUGACCCAGUCCUAUCACCCAUAAUCCUAGAUUCUCCAUCUGUUGUACAAGAGGGCUGCAGGAAUAGAACCCCCAUCCCGAUAUGUUGUUCUUUAAGGGCCCCAUCUUCGUGGAUGCUGCCCUGUAUAUUUGGCAGAAUCCGUGGACCAUCCAUGGCCUAACUAUAUUCCAGGGAAUCAGAACAGAGCUCAUGGCAAGCUUCUAAUCUGAAGCCUCUGGGUUAGCUCCAGGCACCGAUUAUAUUAUAAUUUCUUGACUCUUUUGAGCAUGAUAUGCUAAUCACUUGGCAGCUGUUUCUACUGGGUCCUAAAUGUAGUUGCCAAUGAGGUAGGUAGAAACACAUUUGUCCAUUAUGCACUCUUCACCACUGGGUUUAAAGAGAUGACAGGACUCAGGGGAGUCCAUUGAUGACAGCGUUCAGUUUAUCCAGCUGGCUCUUCCUACCUCAGCAGCCUCCCCAUGCAAAAAGGAAAGUGAAAAAUAAAUGAGAGUACUCAGUGAAGUAAGCUUUAGAAAGAAACUGGAUUUUUAACUGUUUUGUAUCCGUUUGUUCUAAGCAGAAAGCUGACCCAAAAUCAGAGAAAAUCCAACCACUUUCCCACCUUUCUCUUUAGAAAUCUUGUAAGUUUUGAUUCUGAAGUGAAAAUUUCUAGCAUUAAAUAUUUCAGAGUCUCAGUGUGCAGAUUUCAGAUAAACCUGAGUGUUCAGGUGAACUGUUUUAAUAAAUAUCUUUGACUGAUUGUGCUCUGGCAAAAGAAACCCAGCCUCUUUCUACGUAGUUAACUUGCUAGGGAAGGGUUGGGGGUGUGUGAGAAAGAAGACUGAAAACCAUUGGUAUUUUUAAUUUUUAAUUUUGGGGAUUGUGCUGUCCAGUUCACAGACGUGUGAAUGUGAUUCAGUCCAGGCGGGUAUUUGUCUAAAUCAGCUGUCCAAUAGAAAUGUAAUACAAGUUACGUGUUAAUUUUUUCUAGUAGCCACAUUAAUAAAAUAAAAAGGAAAGUGAGAUUAAUAAUACAUUGUAUGUAACCCAAUAUAUAUCCAAACUAUCAUUUCAACAUACAAUCAAUGUAAAAAUUGUUGAGAUACUUUACUUUUUUCAUACUAAGUCUCCCAAAUCUGAAGUGUAUUUUACACUUACAGCUCAUCUAAAUUUGGAUUAGCCACAUACCACACACAUAACAGUAUGUGGCUGUAUUGGACAGUACAAGCCUAGAUGCCGGUCCUUCCUGACUUUGGUGGUGGUAAAUGACCAUUUGGAGGCAGAAGACAGCUGGAGCACUGACCCUGCUGCCAGUGGGUUCAGAUUCGAAUCCCAGCCUUGUGACCUUGGAAAAGUCUAGGUGUUGGGUGGCAUCUCCAUAUGGAUCAGUACAGGUAUGAAAUUCAAAGGAUCUCCAUGCACAGUUAGACAGUAUGGCUCUUCGAGGCAGAAGCCACCAUCCCUUUGACUAGUUGGCAGUAGCCGGAAAUUGAGAGCCCUCCACCCAUGGAUUUGUCCUUGGCUGGCAAGAGCCCAGCCAGGGGAUUUGGGCUGGAGGAUGAUCUAUGUGCCUGGUUGGUACAGCAGUGUACAUACACUUCAGUUUUUUUAAUUACCAAGUCCAGUGCUUUGAUAAUGCCAUUGAUCUCCGCUAGUGUCCCCAUUUGGGAAUGGGAAUGUGUGACCCCCUACCUCACAGAGACCUCCUGGAGUGAAAACAAGACAAGAGAGGUGAAAAACACUUUGUAAACUGUAAAGCUCUGGGCACAGGAAGGAGGAAAGGCUUUGAAAUAAAAAAGCACCGCCUUAUCCCGAAGCCUUCUGAAGUAUCUUGAUAAAGCCCCAGGAAGAAGAAAGAUAGGGUGGGAAGGUACACGCGUCUUCGUUCCUCACGCUCCCUAUGCACAAGGACGGACGACAGGUGAGAGAUUAUGCCAAAAGCGGAGAUCUGUGCCGGGAGAGAGAGGACACGGCAAAGAGGGGGCUUGGUGUGUACAGGGGGAGCGGACAGAGACGAGGAGAGUCGCGAGGGUUGGGACCAAGGUGUUGAAGCCAGGGCGUCAGCCCUCCCUCCGGCCAGCGACACCCAAAGCUCUCGCCACCUAGGCCUGGCCAGAACGGACCUUGCGCAGGCGGGCGAGCGGCUCUGGCUUCAGCCACGGCCCCUCCAGUCGGCGUGACUAAGAUCCUGAGAACAUUCCAACUCCAAGAAUCCCCAAACCGCGGCACACGACCUCCCCGUUCCCCAUCUGGGGGCUCAGAGACGGGAGGUGCGUUUCUCUGUAUUUUCUUCUUCCCAUUAUGAAACCAGGAAAAUCGUUUGCCCCUCUCUGGGCCCCGCACCCCAGCGUCGUGUGCAGGCGCCCCCGGGCCGUGGAUAAUGAGAUGCGUUCUUCCCUAAUUGCCCAAGGCUCGUUAGAAUUCGCCCCAGAGCUGUAACAUUUAUUUUCGUUCAAAUUAACCUUGCUUGCAAUUAAGCUUAGGA